AUGGGAUCAAGCGAAACAAACCCCUUUAUUGAGACGGGGUAUCGUUGUAUCGCCAUUGAAUGUUUCAGAGGGCCCUGGUAUCUCUUUGCAUCGCUAAAUAGCAAACAGAUCAGCUCUGCUCUGCCCAGCUCUUCUCUGCUCAGCUCUACUAAGCUCUGCUCAUCACUGUUCUGCCCAGCUCAGCUCAACUCUUCUCUGCUCAGCUCUGCUCUGCUCUGCUCACCACAGCUCAGCUCCGCUCUUCUCUGCUCAGCUCUGUUCUGCUCAGCUCCACUCAGCUCAGUUCAGCUCAGCUCCGCUCAGCUCUGCUCUGCUCAGCUCUGCUCGGCUCUGAUCGGCUCUGCUCGGCUCGGCUCUGCUCCGCUCAGCUCUGCUCUGCUCAGCUUAUUUUCUACAUUGAAAAAUCAAUUGCUUUCAAUACUUUAG